UGCAAAGGAAAUAGAGGUCCUCCGUAAAAGAUUGGCUGAAAUUGAGACUCAACACAAAUCACAAGAAGAUUCUUCCCGACAUGUCUCGACGUUGGGAAAUGUCAUCGUUGAAGCUGAUUCACCUUUAGCCCCUGAACUUACUGCGGAAGCAGUCCCUGCUAAGAUAAAAAUCCCGCAAAUUGGCAUGUAUGAUGGAACUUCGGAUCCUGACGCACAUUUGGGUCAUUAUACAUCUUGGAUGGAUUUGCAUGGCGCCUCGGAUGCUUUGAGAUGUCGAAUGUUUUCCCUCACAUUGGGGCCACGGGCGCAGAAAUGGUAUUACACUCUUCCACCCCAUUCAAUCUGGAAGUGGCAACGAUUACGUACAACCUUUCGAUCACACUUCAUUGGAGCCCAAGUCUGUCUUAUCCCGAAAGAAUCAAUCACUAAUAUUGUGCAAAAGGAUGACGAAACGGUUAAAGACUAUAUAUCUCGGUUCAAUGACCAAAUUCAGAAUAUGGAACCAU